AUGCUGCCUCGGGACUCUCCUUAUGUUCAAUCUUUGGUCGAGAUCGAGGAACUUGGGUACAUCCCAGACGUCAUCGCAGACUUGGACAAGUACAUCUCUCAUGACAAGGCGCUUCCGGGCCGUACGGAAGCUGAUGUUGAACAAAUAUCAUCCAUAAUGCGUUUGUCCUGCGAACAAGAGGCCAUCCUCAACCCGAAGACCCAUUUUCUUAUACUGAUGCUCAUGGUGGUCAUGCGCGACGAUGAGGAAUGCUUUUUCACCUUUGGGAAUGCGGAACUCGCUUUACCGAGGCACCCUCGUGCUCAUCUCGAAACUCUCGCCGACUGGCUUCCGAAGUUCUGCGUGGCUGCAGCUAUCUCACUAAUCGCAUUGGACGCUCCAGAAGCUCGCCCCAAACAAACCAUGUAUGAUUCUCCGAUGAUAUCGACUGUAUUACCUCCCGAAGUGACACCGGAAUCUACUUCUCAUGAUCCUAGUUGCAGCACUGUGGAGACAGAUAUCGAUGAAGAGCCGCACUUCACGUCCACGUCUGAUGUAACUGAGGAGGACGUGGGCUUGGAUGCACACCUACAGCAGUUGCAUCUACUGGCCCGUCCCUCCUCAUCGACGCCUUUCUAUAUCUCAGCAGUGUGCUUGAGCUCCUACGAAACCAUUCUCGAUGUCAUGGCGAGCGCGCUACAACAACGCCGUGCAUGGGGUCUCGUGAACACGCCCGUUCUCGGCUUCGCAUUCCAUCCGCUCUCAACGCGCCUUGGAACGUUUUGGGGUUGGUUCGAGGAUCAAGAUACGGACGAAGGCCUAUGCAUGCCCGUUCCUCGUAUAGCAUGUAGCACCGCCUCACGCAUCGUGCAGACCACAUCCAUCUGUGCACAGACUACGCAAUUAUUUGGAAGUUUCGAUCUGGCCGAGCGGGCUUCAUCUCUGAGAUUGGCACACUUCUUACACUCGUUGCGGCCUCAUUUCCAGGCUCUCCGUGAUGCGGGCAACAAGGCAUUGCACGCCGGACUAGCUCACGGUGAACCAGCGACCUGGCGCGCCGAUGUGCCGAUGAUCAAAAUCGAUGAGGGGACCUUCUCUGAUCGCAUUAGAUCCUGGCUUGAAAAGACAGAACCUCCGGAAGGACGUGACGCUGUGCCCUCUCUUUCGACCUUCCCAUCACCGUCCAACUCUUCGUGCUCAUCCAUGAGUGAUCCCACGGGCACACGUAAGACUAAAGGGCCGAAGGCGCCGAGUGCAGCUUCGUCUAGUCAGAAGGUUGACUCGAAGAAAGCUAGUAGGACGGUCCUGAGCCAAGGAACAGGAUCGCAAGUUUCUUCUGCUCUUCUGACUGUCCCCGAUUUUGAGGUGGGCGCACCAUCCGUUGCGGGAACUCGAGUUUCAGCCUCAACCUUCUCUCAUCCGGCUUCCGCGAAGAGUUUCCAUAAGGUCCACUACUGGUCGCUGUCGCGCACGGUUCUCACGCAUACUCUGACGGGCGCUCAACCUCCCCCUGGAAGGACGAAACCUUGGGCCGACGCUGUCAAAGGCUACUACGAUAUCUCGUCACCCGUUCAUCAGAUGUCCGCAGGCAUCGAGAAAGAAUUCGCCGAGUAUCGCGAAAGGUUCAAGUUCCGUUCUGCCGGCGAUGGGGAGCGUGUGGAAAUACUCAGGGAUGCAAUUGGAAGUGAUGUGGAGGGGAGCAUCACUGACCGGUGUAUACUUAGGCUCGCGCCUGCUAUCCUCCUCGCUGUGGAACUUUCCAAGGGGCUGGCUUUGGCAGCAGAAUGGAUCGGCAACUCUGCGAUACCGGAAGCAACUUGGCGCAGCGUCUGGGAUUUUCUCACUGCCGUUGUUCUCCUUUACUUGAGUUCCCUGGAUGAUGAUGCAAAUGAUACCGUCGUCGUCGACAUGCUCGAGCAGUUUGUGCGGUUACCACAAGCCGAUCGCCUUAUUCAAAAACUCUCCGACCCAUCAGGCUACAGCGGCAAUACCUAUCAAGAGCUUACACGGGAAACUACGCUAGUGGACUCUCAAAAGCAAAAGCAAAAGCAGCAGGACCGUUCUGCUCCCGAAGCAGAGAGACUUCAUAUCGUCUACCUUCAAGCACAAUUGGCUGCUAAGUAUCAUCAAACGGCAUUCCAGACGUGGGAGGGGACACCACGCAAGAAGACCGAUCACGCUGAAGCCCCUCUGCGGUCGAAGAUAGACGCUCUCUGGGCUCUUUCUCUCGACGACUUCUUCGCCGACGACUCCCUUGUGUAUCGUCGAGAGAACCCGCAUUUCCUGCCGCUGGACGUCGCCGAACGUAUUUCGAGAUAUCAGGUCUCGUCCGCACCUUCCUCUGUGAAGUCUUCCAUACACCGCUCAGCUGCCUUUAUGAACAGCUCGAAAGGUACAGAGAGUAUGUCACGCAUCCAUUACUUCAUGGACACCAUGAUUGGUGGGACUCUCGGUACACAACUACCGGGACUACCCGCGUCUGAGCGUCAUAUGCAACUCCAGGCCGCUUACCAUCGGAUGUUGGUUGCCGAAGCCAAGAGCACAAAGAAGUUGCCUUGCGUGCCUCUUCAAUCUGUUCUGCUUCUACCCUUCUUUUGUCGUAUGGCCCUCGUCGCCGCCACUAAGUUCCUUGGGACACUGUCAGUGACUCGUCGCCCAGUGUAUGGAUUGGUGACCGAAGGCCCGGUGGGAAGUGUUCAUAUGGCAGUUGGGAUUCGUGGAGAUGCCGAGUACAGCUUGACAAAUGUGGAACUCAGGCUCGACGGUGCCGAUAAGAACGAGGAGGAACUCUCUGUUCACGUCUUUGAACGCGGCUGCAACAUGUUUAACUUGAAGACCGAACAAGGCGCCAUUGCAUACGUCGCCUUUCUCGUGAAUCUUUACACGAAGGUCGCGCCACAACUUGCUUCGGAGCUUAGCAGUGCCAAAAACCACAUGCGUCAGGAGUUGCAGCGAAGUCGCGAGGAGGGCCGAGAGCCGCGGCUCUCUUGGAGCAUGGAGCAGAACUCCGAUGUGAUAGAGUACGAGAGGGAACGCCAGGAGAAACAUGCGCGGGAGAGGAAGGAAAGAGGGGAGUCGGAGCCAGCCAAGCAGGAGUUGGGGUUGGAAGACGAUACACUGCCUGGCGAUUAUGGAUUCUCCUGA